GUUUUCUUGGCAGAAAUGGGCUUCCAUAAUAAAGAGAUAUGAGUUUUCAGAAGUAAAAAGCUAUUAAACGUAUAGUCCUGUUCCAGACUCCGGUCCGUAGUUUACCGUUUUCCGGCUGAUCCGGAAUCCACCGCGCGUUUUACCUCUUCCGCCUCCCUGCGUGACCGGAAGUUGAGAUGAAAACAAGAACGGAACCUGACUUCAUCCUCUAAAAUGGAUUAAAAUAUAAGUAUUGUUAUUGUUUUAAGGAGCAGCUAAACCGUCCGAUGAUGCCCUACAGCGCGAGGAGCGGCGAGAUCAUCCACCUGAACGUCGGGGGCAAGAGGUUCAGCACCUCCCGGCAGACCCUCACCUGGGUUCCUGACUCCUUCUUCUCCAGUCUUCUGAGCGGCCGGAUCUCCACUCUGAAGGAUGAAACCGGUGCUAUCUUCAUCGACAGAGACCCCUCCCUGUUUGCCACCAUCCUCAACUUCCUGCGGACCAAAGAGUUGUACCCCCGAACCAUCAGCGUCCACAUGCUGAUGCACGAGGCCGAGUUCUAUGGCAUCACGCCGCUGGUGCGCAAGCUGCAGCUGUGUGACGAGCUGGACCGCUCGUCCUGUGGAAACGUGCUGUUCAACGGCUACCUGCCUCCACCAGUCUACCCGGCGAAGCGGCGUAACCGGCACAGCGUGGCGGGGUCACAGUUCAUGGCGGGCCGGGUUGGGCCCGUGGAGAGAGCGCCGGUCAGACGCAGCAACACGAUGCCCCCGAACCUCGGCAACGCCGGGAUACUCGGAAGAGCCAGCACGGAGGAGAGGACACCCGGAGGUAGAGGCGUCAGCUCUCUGUCACCUGGCAUCGUCCGGAUCAUAUUUGGUCAUCACAAGUGGAUCGCUGUGGCCUACGCACAGUUUGUCGUCUGCUACAGGGUGAAGGAGUCCACCGGCUGGCAGCAGGUCUUCACUUCGCCUCGCCUCGACUGGGUCAUCGACCGCGUGGCCCUGAACGCCAAAGUGAUGGCCGGCUCCUUGGGAGACAACGACAAGAUGGUGGCGGUUGCCGCGGGGACGGAGAUCAUCCUCUGGGCCAUCUGCCCCGACGGCAACGGCAACGAAAUCGGAGUCUUUAGCCUGAAUGUGCCGGUGGAGGGGCUCUUCUUCGUUGGUAACCAGCUGAUUGCCACCAGCCACACGGGGAAGGUCGGGGUUUGGAACGCCGUCACCAAACACUGGCAGAACCAGGACGUGGUUCCCAUCAGCAGCUACGACACCGCCGGCUCCUUCCUCAUCCUGGGCUGCAACAACGGUUCCAUCUACUACAUCGAUGUGCAGAAGUUUCCUCUGCGGAUGAAGGACAACGACCUGCUGGUGACGGAGUUGUACCGGGACCCGACCGAAGACGCCAUCACCGCUCUCAGCGUCUACCUCACUCCCAAAACCAGUGACAGUGGGAACUGGAUCGAGAUUGCGUAUGGGACCAGCUCCGGGUCGGUCCGAGUCAUCGUCCAGCACCCAGAGACGGUCGGCUCGGGGCCGCAGCUCUUCCAGACCUUCUCGGUCCACCGGAGCCCCGUCACCAAGAUCAUGCUGUCCGAGAAGCACCUCAUCUCAGUUUGUGCCGACAACAACCACGUGCGGACGUGGACGGUGACCCGGUUCCGAGGGAUGAUCUCCACCCAGCCGGGCUCCACGCCGCUCACCUCCUUCAAGAUCCUCAGCCUGGAGGAUGUGGACGGACACGGCGGCUGCAGCGCCGGCACAGAGAUCGGUCCGUACGGAGAGAGAGACGACCAGCAGGUGUUCAUCCAGAGAGUCGUACCGGACACGGAGAAACUCUACGUGAGGCUGUCCUCCAACGGGAAGAGGGUGUGCGAGGUGCGUUCGGUGGACAGCACCUCCAUCACGGCCUUCAUGGUCCACGAGUGCGAGGGCUCGAGCCGCAUCGGCUCUCGGCCACGGCGCUACCUCUUCAGUGGCCAUGGCAACGGCAGCAUCCAGAUGUGGGACCUGACCACCGCCAUGGAGAUAGCCGGGAAGGUUGACAUCAGAGCGCUGGGCGGGCCGACGGAGGAGGAGCUUCUGGAGCUGUUGGACCAGUGCGACUUGGCUUUGACUAGAACCCCUGACAGCACGCCGAGAGCCUCCACCUGCAGUCUCCACUCUCAGCUCACUGACGUCUUCCGGAUGGACCGUCUCCACUCGGCGGCCGGGCCGCGAGGAGGAGGAGGAGCGUCUGGUUCCACCGCCUCUUUGUGCGGCAGCCUCCCCCGGCAGGCUCCGCCCCCGCCGCCCCUCACCAAGCCCGUACGGGAUCCCAACAUCUGCGGGCUGCAGACCCUCAAUAUCCCUGCCUACACCCAGAGCCCCGCCCCCGGCCACAGCCACACCGGCAGCCCCCGACCCCCCAGACACCAGGACCGGGACCGGGACUGGGGGUCCGUGCGCAGGGGGAGCUUCGUGGAGCGCUGCCAGGAGCUCGCCAAGGGUUCGGAGGUGGCGGCGGGCUCUGGGUUUGGGGUCCCGUCGGGGUUGGAGGGCGUGAGGCGGAGCUUGGCAGUGUGCACCGAGUUAGAGGCCAGGUUUGGCCUCAGGACCCCCACCACCUUCUCCGUGUCGCCUGGCGCCCGCCACUCCGCGGGAGCUCCGUCCCCCGUCUCGUCUGCGUCAUCCCCGCUGACCUCGUCUCUUUCAAAACGCAAGACCACGCCCACUCCCCCAACCAGCGCCGCACCCGCUGCCGUGAGCCCCUCUCACUCCAGUGCGCCCGCCGUUCCCGCCGACGCCCCGCCUUCCCCUGAGGGCCUUGCAAGUCCGGAGAGCCCCGCCCCCGGACCGCCCACCAGCCCCAAAACACACAUGAACGAGACCAGCUUCUGAUCGGUCCUUCAGACAGAUCAAUAAUCAAUGAGUCAAAGGACCGGAUGCUAUCAGCUGUAGCCCGCUAAGCUAAUGCUAGCGCUGUAACUGGGUGUUGAUUCAUUUUUCACUGGAAGGUUUAAGUACUUCAGAACAUGUUCUAUUUAUACUUCAAUGUUUGGUUUUCAAAUAUGUUCAUAAAAAGAAUUUGAGGACGAGGAAAUAAUAACGAGGGAUUUGGUCAUAUAAAUUAUUAUUUUUUAUGUUAAUAAAUGAUGUAAUACUACAGACUAACCAACCAGUAUAUGGAGGUAUUAACAUGAAUUGAGGAACAGUUUAAUAUAAUAAUAUAUUGUUCUGCUACUCUGUGGUAGUACUUUACUGAAGUAAAAUGUGUGAGUACUUCCUCUACAGCGUCGAGCUGCAGCUGAUAAUUAAUAAAUCCUUUGUUUUCUGAUCUUCUAAACUUUAAUGAGCGGCAAUAACUAAUGAAUCUAUCACAGAAGUGUUAAUUAUUCAUUUUCAAGUAGACUAAACCGGAGCAAACAAUGUUUUUUUUACUUUUUAUAAUCUUUUGUCUUCAGUCUGAAAUCUUUUAUAUAUAAAAAAAAGUUUGUUUGUAUCAAAGUUUUUAUUUUUAAAGUUUGUGUGAAGUUUGUUCCCACAGCAACGCAGCUUUCCUUCAUUUUACAGGAGCCAUAGUUUUAUGAUCCUCUUCUGGAAAGAUUUUAGUUUUAUUAUAUUUUUCACAUUUUAGUACUUUUUUUCAGUUUGUUGACUAGGAAAUAUUCAUCAAAUGAAUGAACUAAUACACAAUGUAUUAUUUAUUAACUUACCAGCAGAAUAUAGUCAUUAAAGUGAUGAAAACAACGUACAGUAUUUAGUCAUAUUACUCUGCUCAGUGAGUGAUAAUACUUUUGAUUUGGCUGUUGAAUGCAGGACUUCCUCUUGUAGCAUUUGUACUGUGAUGUUAGUUAAACAUCAGGGUCAUAAUAUUAAAUAAUUAUACAUUUUAAGAUCCAGUAAGUCUUUUGCAGACGCUUAAAUGAAUGAAUUCCGUUCAUUUAGAUAAUUUCACAUCUAAUGAACAUUGAACUGUGCCUUAAUAGAUUAUUAUAGUCUCUGGUUUUCUAUAUUUGAUGAAGAAACAAGUAUUAAAAACCAAAACAAAAUCUGAGUGAAUCUGAAAAUCUAAAAAAAGAAAAUCGAUGAGAAUAAAGUGUUGACUUCGUGAAGGAGACACGAAA